UUUGAAAUGCGACGUCUAAACCGGACCUUAAUCAUUAUAAUUUAAUGCUUCGAGAUCGAUAGAACAUUCUCACGGCAACAGUCCAGUGAAGAUCAAGAUAUAGGUAAGAUUAACAGUUAGACAUUUAGCUGCAUGAUUGUGCCUUCUAUCCGAUACCUUCCAUUAUAACUGCAGUCAAGAGGCAAUGGGAUAAUCUUUUCAAAUUUAAAAACAACAUUUCAAGCAACGUAUUGGAGACGGAGAGGGUGUUGUAUGCUUUAUUUCCCCCCUAAAACUAUAAAUAGGGCUGGAUGAUUCGAUUUUUUCCUUGGGCAAUGUCACCAUAACGUUUCAUUUCCUAGCGCCCCGUGUUUCGUUGAAGUAGACAAACAACUAGAAUUCCUUCCCUGUGUAAUCUUUGUCUAUCUGAAAAGCAUUUGCCACCUGGCGGAAACAAACUUAGGUUCCAUCACUGCUCUCUUGCGUGUUUUAGGCGGUUAAAUUCGCUCGCACAUUAAAAUGCCCGUCUUUUCAGCGCCUUCUCGCAAACGCUAGUAGGUUUAUAGGUAUAUGCAAAAUUGCAUGAAAAUUGCUCUUAGUCAUGUGUUUUCUUAUUUUCAGUUCUACAUGUACUCGUAAAAUAGAUCAGUUUCUUUCUUCAAGGGAUUAUAUCUCUUGAGACUCCUUAUGAGGAGGAUGUCACUGGGUUACUUUUGCGGCUCAAAAAAAGAGACAAUUUUUAUAUGUUUCCAGUUGCCAUGGAAAAUUAGGGAUGUCUUUCUCUGUUCUCUCCAAUGCUUGUUGAAGUAUGGUUUCAGCACUCAAAAGUUAGUUCUGAAAGAUCUAAUAAGCGUGCCUGUGUAACACACAGAACACGAAACUCCAUUCGGGUAUCAAAAUUCUAUAGACGUUUACAAAGGCUGCGAGUAGAUCGACCGUGUGAGGCCGAGUUGCGCCGAGUGCUUCAAUUCAGGAUUUUAGUAGAAAUAUGUUUGCGAAAUUUCGACUCUUCUGUUGACAAUAGCCGGGAGCCUUCCCGCUAUUUUUUGCUUCAACCGUUAAUUCACACUUUUUGACUUCGCAUCAGUUCGUGGUUCUGAUAACAAGGGCACCCAACGUCAAUUUUCGGCAUAUCUGUUCGGAAGACGAUUUGAGAUCUAGAAUUUUCGGAAUAUUUGUUGUAAAAUUUCGUGCUUGCCUGCCUCUCCUAGGAUUUUCGAACAUCUAAAAAAUGGUAUAAUUGCCCAUUUUAACGGAUUUUUACCCUAAAAGGUCACCUAGAAUUUUUCGGGAGCCUUUUUUCUGGCUGAAAUUUUCGAAAAGGUAAGUUUUGAUCCCUAUAAUUUUCGGAUCACUAGACUUUCAACUAGAAAAUCCGAACAGAUAAAAAAUUUUUAGGGGAUAAAAAUAUGUCUAUAUCUACCGUUUAAAUACUAAAAUACGUUUAACACUGCUAUGUUUAGUGGUUUUGAACUAUAUUCUCGUUGGGUACCCCUGUGAUAAGAAAGCUUUGUCUGUGACUGCAACAGCAUGCACUCGAAGUCUUAAGCGUCACUAUUCUUAUUGACUUGUAGUUGCCGGGUGUCAUGGAAAAACGUAAAGCGGAUUUUACUCCGCUGUUGCCACUUGAAAAUUACCAAUGAAAAGGAGCUAAAAAGAAUUAUUUUUUUAUGUACUGAACUGGACGAAAUGCCGAUCUCUGAAUAAAGGCGUUUAGCAGGAAUUCAAUUCACGGCGGCUGUGCAAGCAGGUGUUGGAGGGAGGCAUUCUUGAAAAUAGCUGAAACAUUUUUUUCAGAGAAGAGAGGGAGACGUUUAGACUGAUUUAUAGACAUUUCAACAUCAACAUAUGUUUCAUUUCAAAGAAUAUGGGAUAUGUUUCGACGGGGGCAACGAUUAAAACAAGAGGGGCAAAUUGUUUGAAAACGAAAGAAUUUUUUUUUUUUCAAAAAAAUGCGGAUACUUGUGGACGAGCCCGAUAAAUAGAUAACACAACAUAUUGCUUCCAUUUACUGCUCGUAGGCGUUUACAUUCUAGCUUCCAUUAGACGGCCGUGGGUUGUUUGCCAUUUGAUAUUUUCAAUUAAAAUUUGAUAGUGCGUAACUGACGGGCGUCUAAAAUUAGAACGGGACACUAAUUAGCGGCAGCUAAUUGUUGAGACUGUUGCACUUCGAGAGAUACUGACAACACAUCACUCUACACGCUGUCGCAGGAAACCCGAAGAACUAAUUUAAUCGAGACUAAUAGUAGAAACUCGUGAACUUCGUGCAAACUCGUAAAACUAAACUCUUAAAACUGGUAAGAGGCGUUCAGUGGAGUUUUUACUUCCCUUUGAGCCGUCUAUUUAAACUUUGUUAAGACUGAGUUGUUUUUUUAGUUAUUAUUCCAAUUAGGUGUUGUUUGUUGAACGAGAAAGUCUUCGCUUAAGUUUUAAUAAUGGUCGAUAAUAGGAAGUUAAAACAGCCAUAAAGUUAAGAAUUUUUCAACAACAACCCUGAACGUGCAAAACGUUUUUUUGAACA